AUGCGGUCUCUUGUGAAGUCGCUUGCUUUGGCAUGCCUACUGCAAUUCGCAACCACCGGAGUCCAUGCAGCGGAUCUGGAGGAAGUGUACGAUGCGGGCUACCAUGAUAAUGAUACUAUCGCGCUCAGGAUUGCCAAUGGGGGUGCUGGCCAAAGUGGGCUGAUUAGAGAACUUGCCGACGCUUUUAUCAAGUUCAGAGUCGACCAUGGUGCUGAACCGUUCCGAAUUGCCUGGAUCAAGAGCGAUACCACCGAGUCUAUCAACAACCUCCAGAGCGGUGCUGCCGACGUCGCCUUCACCUACAGCCCCGUUGCGGAGGACCUAGCCAUGGAGGAGGGCAUCGCCCUGCGCCCCAGCUACUAUGCCUGGCGUGACCAUUUCAUGCUCAUCGGACCCCGGUCCAACCCUGCGAAACUGAACAAGAAAGACAAGAUCCUCAAAAUGAUUUCGGAUAUCUUCAAGGCGGCCGAGCGUGGGACCACGGAGCCGCCCACCAGGUUCCUGACCAGGUUCGACAAAUCUGCUACGAAUAUUAAGGAUUCAUCGCUGUUUAUUGGCAUUGGACAGGUCCCCUGGGCCAACCCCGAAGCAAAAUGGUACCACCAAUACAUCGCGUACCCCAUCCAGGCCCUCCACGCCGCCUCCAUGCUGGAAGAAUACACCAUCACAGACCGCGGUACCUUCCUGUCCGUCACCCAGGAAGUCCGCGACAACAUCGUCAUCUACAAAGAGGGCAGUGACCACGCCGACGACCCCUUGCUUAACCCAGCGCACUUGCUGAUUGGCGCGCAGGCGCAGGAUCUGCAGCUCGCGAAGGAAUUUGCCAAGUGGGUUGUCGGUUCUCGUGGGCAGAAGGUUAUUCUCGCCUUUAAGAAGGGGGGAAAGCAGCUGUAUACCGGCGCACCGUAA